AUGACGUACAACUAUCAGACGGGUCGGACAGACCCAAAAGCAUUCCCAUAUCGACAGUUGACCAUCCUCGCAAUAUGUCGGAUAUGCGAACCGAUCGCCUUCAUGUCGAUCUUCCCAUAUAUCUACUAUAUGAUCAAAUCAUUCCACAUAACCGACGACGACGACCGAAUUUCCGAAUAUGCCGGCAUGGUCACCUCUGCCUUCGCGCUUGCCGAAGCCUUCUCGAGCUCGAUAUGGGGCAGGCUGAGUGACAGGUUCGGCAGGAAGGUGAUCCUGCUCACAGGACUGGCUGGGACGGGAAUCAGCAUGCUGGCAUUUGGAUUCGCACAGUCGCUCCCAGCAGCGUUAAUAGCCAGGGCAUUGGGAGGGUUGCUGAACGGCAACAUUGGGGUGCUACAAACCACUGUCGCGGAGGUGAUCAAGAACGACAAACAUCAGACCGUCGCAUAUGCGCUCAUGCCGACGAUUUGGUGUGUCGGCGCUGUUGUCGGAUCAGCACUUGGCGGUGCUCUGGCGGACCCAGUGCGCAACUACCCGGAUCUCUUUCCUCCAGGUGGAUUGCUGGAGCGCUUCCCGUACCUUCUGCCGAACCUCCUGUGCGCCGUGGUGGUCGUUAUUGGCAUUGUCGUUGGGAUCCUGUUCCUGGAAGAGACGCACGAAGAUAUGCAGAAGCGCAGGGACCCUGGGCUGGAGAUUGGCAAGUGGCUCGAAGGACGGAUCAGGAGGUCGAUCGCUCAAGCUUCCGCGCAAGGGUGCAAAGCGGAGUAUGCCGGUGAAACACACACUCUCUUGCACGACGACGACGAUCAACCGCCGAACUACCGGAGUGCGGCAUCUUCUCCCGGCCUGCAGGCGACCGCUGUCAGUUUGCCCCCGCCAUACCAGAGCAUUGACGGCGCCGGCAACAGUUCGGAAUUUGCCUUGGACGAGGGGGCUCUGGAGGCGGCUGACUACACGAGUAACACAAGGAAGCACAGCCCCAGCGUGUGGAACGCACUCACCCCUCAAGUCGUCCUCAACAUCGCCGGAUACGGCAUUCUAGCCUACCACACCAUUUCCGCCGAACAACUCUUACCUGUCCUCUUCAGUUUGCCGGAGUCCGAGCAACCCGCUCACCUGCCGAUAUGGUUCACCGGCGGCUUCGCGCUCGACACCAAGACCAUCGGCGGCAUCCUCUCGAUCCAGGGUGUCAUUCAGAUCGUCUCCACAAUGUUUGUGUUCCCUUUUGUCCAGUCGAAGCUCGGCACACUCGCCACUUACCGCUUGGUCGUACUCACCUACCCGCUCCUCUACAUCCUAGUCCCUUACUUGACCCUGGUCUCGACGAGCCUCCGGAUGCCAGCGAUCUACGCAGUUCUGGUCUGGAAGGUCACUGCACAGGGUUUCGCCUUCCCGUCGAACAACAUGAUGCUGGCCAAUGCCACACCAAAGGGAGCACUGGGCACUUUCAACGGCAUCGCGCAGUCUUCCGCGAGCUUCGCAAGAGCCAUCGGACCUAGCUUGUCCGGUCUCCUCGAAGCAGCCGGGCUGUCCCGUGGUAUGCUGGGCCUGCCCUGGUGGUUCACUGCUCUGAUCGCAGUCGUGGGCGCCGUGCUGAGCCUCUUCAUGGUCGAGCACAAGCGCGAGCCACAGGAUCCAGAGAAGUUCGACCCCGACGAUUCGGACGCGAUGCAUCCGGCUUUGAGUCCCGACGCUGCAGCGCUGGUCGCUGCAGACAGCACGAGCGCGCCUGAAGAGUGCGUGAUGUCGAGACCGACCUCUCCACUUCUGGUGCGAAUGAGUCUCGACAUGCGCCGUGAGGCUCGACAAGAAGCCCGGCAGAGCAAUCGAUGGUGA